AUGGCUUCCCCACCCAAGCGUCCAAAACUCUCCGAUUCACCCGCCUUGCCUUUCCACCGCUCCGCCAGCCCAUCAAAACUCCCCGUACGAAAUGACUCUAGCGCGUUAUACCGAUCGCCCACUAGAUCCUUAGCGAAGCGCAACCCCCAGCACGCCCGCCGCUCACCCUACGCGGAGCCCGUGAAGAAGCGGUUUGUCAGCGCCUCGCAGGACGAGACUAACAGCGCGGGGAGACUAAAUUUCGGCAUCGGCAGCGGAGGGGCGGGAGCGGUACUCGGUGGGAGGGCUAGGAGUGAGAGCGUUGGCGCGGGUAUCAGACGUGCGGGUGGUUCGAGAUUGUCAUCUAGUCCUGCCAGACGCAGAAGUAGUUUUUCGAACCCUCCUGCGCCCAGUGUUCCCCCCAGUGAGGAUUCCCCGGAGAAGAGUGAGUUGGGGAUUCUACAGGAGGAAGGGGGCAUGGAGGAUGUAAAAUCGCCAGAGCCAGCGUUUGCUAUGAAGACGAGUAAGGUGCGCAAGGGGGCAUCGCAGGCCCGGCAGCAGCAGCAGCAGCAGCAGAGGAGUAAGAGGAAACGGCCAGAGACGGAAGUGGAGGCGAAGCAACGAGUCGAGAAGGAAAGAUUGGAGAAGAUCAUGAUGUCGAGGGUGCAUGUUUUGCAGGCGGAGAUUAUGGAGCUUCAGGAGGAGGUUAGGAUCGAGAAGGCGAGGGUUGAGAGGGAGACUCAGGCUGCAAGGAAUUUAGAUCAGGGUACUGAUGCUUUAGUGUACGUUUUUUCGUCUUCGCGAUUGUCUGGACCUGCUGAUGGAAUUGUAGAAAGCGAUUACUAGCUGUGAAUGAUGCUUCCCAAGUGGUGCCGAUACCGGAGCCAAUGCAGAGAGAAGAGCCAGUUCCCUCGGCGAGGCCAAUGGAACCAGACGAUCCUCUUCCCCAGCUAAAAGCCUUCACAAGCAUCACUUUCACAACGCACAGUUCCGAAAUCAUCCCAUCCACGCCCGUAAGCCAAAUUAUCACGGCAUCUGGCUAUACCUCCAACCGCCUAUUAUACUUUACUGUAUCCCUCAGCGUCCAAUCCGCCACCGUUCAAGAAAUCACCUACCGCAUCUCACCUUGGUCCGUCCGCGAGCUAACCCCCGUGUUGACCACUGCCGUUGAAGAGGGCGACAUACCCACCGUCUUCCAUGCCAUAUCAACCUACACACUCAUAGCCAAAGCCCGGGCGAGUGUGUUUGCGAAGCUCAGCGCUGCAUUCCCGCACCUUCUCCCAGUUCUCGCCACAAGCAAGAGGGAGAAGGGCAAGGUUUCCAGAAGGGAGAUAAUCCCGUACCUGGGCGAAUCGCUCCUGUGCUUCCACCCCCGCACAAAGCCCGCCGAAGCCGGUCGGCGCGGUGGACCAGACAUGGGGGAAAGUGGGGUAGAGUUGGUUCUGGAAUGGCGCAUAGAGUUCGACGUAACCGGUGAGGCUGAGAGUGUGAUCUCGGCGGAUGUUAGGUUACCCAGCCAUCGUAAGUUCUCCCUCCUCCCUCUGCGACUUGGUCAGGAAGGGGAAACGACACUGACGGGUUGGUCUACAGUGAAAGAGGCGGAUGAACUGAAUAGCUUCUCCAAACUUGGCGGAGCAUUUGAUUCGCUGGUUAGAGAGAAGGGAGUGUACGAUGCUGCUACCUGUGUUGCUGGGCUUUUGUUUUAG